AUGUGCAACGCAAAGUUCGUGGCGACCUUCGCCGGCCUCCUCGCCUCCGCGAGCGCAGGCCCCAGCGUCCGCCUCGACAACGGCCUCACGGUCCAGGGCCGCAUCGCCCCGGACGCGUCCAACGUCGCCGAGUUCCUGGGCAUCCCGUACGCCGCGCCGCCCCUCGACGACCUCCGCUGGGAGCCGCCCCAGCCGUACGUCGUCCCGCAGUCGAGCAACGCCUUCGCCAACGCCACCGUCCUCAACGCCACCGCCCUGCCCCCCUCCUGCUGGCAGUACAUCUCCAUCCACCCGGCCAUCCAGCGCGUCGACGUCCCCGAGUUCAUGAUCGGCGCCGCCGGCAUGGACGAGGACUGCCUGACCGCGAGCGUCUGGACCCCCGCCGGCGCCGUCCCUGCCGUCUCCGGCAGCGAGACGGCCGCGAACGGCACCGACGCCGGCCUGCCCGUGAUCAUCUGGUUCUACGGCGGCGGCUUCGAGACGGGCGGCACCGACGUGCCGUACCAGAUGCCGCAGAAGUGGAUCCAGCGCUCGCAGGAGCACAUCUUCGUCACCUUCAACUACCGCAUGAAGCUCUUCGGCUUCCCCAACUCCGCCGCCCUGACGGAGCAGAACCUCGGCCUGCUCGACCAGCGCUUCGCCAUCGAGUGGGUGCGCGACAACAUUGCCAAGUUCGGCGGUGACGCCUCCCGGAUGACGCUCUGGGGCCACUCUGCCGGGUCCAUCGCGGUCGACUACUACAGCUUUGCGUACCCGCAGGACCCCAUCGUGCGCGGCCUCGUCAUGGAUUCUGGUACUGCCCACCUGGACCAGCUGAUGAGCCACGACGACAUCCAGUCCAACUUCACCUUUGUCGCGCAACAGCUCGGAUGCGGCAACCAGACCACCGCGGAGGCGGAGCUGGCGUGUAUGCGCAAGAUCCCCGCUGAGAAGCUGGAGAACUUCGUGGCUACGUACAAGGACUCUGGGGUCACCCCGUCCAUUGGCUUCUCGCCCGUGAUUGACAACAAGAUUGUGUUCGCCAACUACACCGAGAAGGCUGCCCUGGGCGAGUUCUCUGACCUGCCCGCCAUCAUCGGCUUCAACCACGACGAGGGCCUCUUCCUCGCCCCCUACAACGUCAGCGGUCCCAACCAGACCGUCGCCGACCAACUCUCGUACCAGUACUUCUGGUGCCCGGCCACCAAGACCACCAACGAACGUCUCGCCGCCGGAAGAACGACCUACCGCUUCUUCUACGCCGCAGUCUUCAACAACACCUCGCCGCGCCCGUGGAUGGGCGCCUACCACGGCAGCGAGCUGCCCAUGAUCUUCGGCACCCACGCCGACUUCCGCGGCAACUCGACCCCCUUCGAGUACGAGCUCAGCCACGUCAUGGAGGACGCCCUGACGACCUUCAUCAAGGACUCGACUGCCGGACUGGACGCCAUCGGGUGGCCUGUGUACACGGCCGAGGACCGCGAGGUGAGGACCUACGGGGAGAACAACGCCACCGUCGGACGCAGGACCCUGGCUUCUAUCGAGCAGGGCUGCGCUGACCAGGGGCUUUUGUAA